UGUCUAAGGAUAACAUAAGGUCAAACUUGCUGUUUCAACCAUGGUUUCAACGACAUGAUAUCGUAGGCAAAUUAAUUUCGUGAUUUGUGUAUGUGUCUGUCACUUUAAGAUGAAAACCAGGCUCAACGACCAGAUGACGCUCGUCGGUGUCAUCAACAGAACCGCCGGCAGCCGGAACUAAAAUAGGCCCAACGUACUAAGCAAGCUACAAAAUCACCAAUUGAAUCGUGAACCUAAAUUUCACAACCUAGCUUUAAUGACAAAAUGAUACUCACAGUGAAACCACUUCAAGGGAAGGAAUGCACUCUACAGGUCACAGAGGAUGAAAAAGUGUCCAGAGUGAAGGAGUUGGUCUCGGAUCGUUUGAAUAUACCACCCAAUCAACAGCGGCUGCUUUAUAAGGGGAAGGCGCUGGCAGAUGAACACAGGUUGAGCGAUUACUCCAUUGGACCCGAUGCAAAGCUAAACUUGGUGGUGCGGCCAGCAGGGGAACGGGGAGGAGCAGCCGGGGGGGUCAGCACAGCGACCAACGGGGUGUGGCAGUCCCUCUCUGCUGUCCUAGCCAAACAUUUCAGCCCCACAGAUGCAGCCAAAGUGCAGGAACAGCUCAUCAAGGAUUAUGAACGGUCCCUUAGGCAGUUGAGUCUGGAUGACAUCGAGCGUCUUGCCAGCCGACUCCUGCACCCUAACAUAGAGGGCAUGGACACCUCUUAUAUGGACUGAGAUUGUGUCGAUGUGCCACACAUUUGAGAAUCCCAAAGACCGAGCGGUCCCGUGAGAGAGCGUGGCAGAGGGGGGUUGACGUAAGAAUGGACCUUUUAAAUAUAUAUCCCCCUCUGCCAUUGCGUUACUCAACUUGUACGGUGGAAAAAUGAGCUGUUAUCGCAUUCGUUCCCGAUGCAGUGAAAAGUGCGUUACUGCAGCUGAGCAAUCCCGGAUAUGGGGUGUGAAUGAGCUCUAUUGCAGGUCUCUGGAUAGGAAAUGUCUUGAGAAAUGAGUAUUAACUCCCAAGCCAAAAAAAGGCUUGGCGGUUUCAAUUGUCUUGCACUGACUGAUCACAUAAAGAAAAUGUCUGUCAGUACUGAUUGUUGGAACAGUCACUGUAUCUUUUGUAAAUAUUGUUUAUAUAGCUGAGCAGUAAAGUGGGGAGGAAAACAAA